AUGAGUGAUUUACUAGAAGAGAGGUUGCGUGCGAACUCGUCGGCUUUUGAUGGGCUGAUGGCGUUGAUUCCUGCGAAGUACUAUUACGAUGAGAAGACGCAGGACCAAUGGAAGAUGAAGAAGAAGGAUAAGUCGCAAGUCCGCGAUGACAAGUUGAAGAAGCUGGACCCCGAACAGCAGGGGGAUGAGGUCUCGAGCGCUUUGGAUGUGAUGAAGAAGCGGGAGCAGAAUGCUGUUCCUGUAGAGCUUCCUGGUGCGAAGCUGAAUAAGCUGAAUAAGAAACCGGUAGCGGAUGUAGAUGGCAAACACAAGGCCUUAGGAGGCGAGGUGGUAGAAGAAGCUGAAGACGAUGAUGAGGAUGAAGAAGAUGAGGACAUAAAGGUUAUAUUUGAUGAUGAAGGUAAUGAGAUCAAACUGGGCGACAAGCAACGUGAACAACGUGAUGAGCCAGCGGACGCUGAAGAAGGAGAAGAUGAUAAUGACGAAGUAAAUGGAGAAAAGUCAACUAAAGAAGUUACUAAGAAAUCAAAUGAGAAGGCUAAAAAACUGAAAAAUGUUGAGGAGCUAAGAUCCAAGCUUCAACAGAAGAUACAAGCUUUAAAGGAGAAACGUAAAGCUCCAGGUACCAAUGUUCAAGGUGCUGCUAGUUCUAGAGAAGCCAUCCUUGAGCAAAGGAGGAAAAGAGAAGAAGCCAGAAAGAAGAGGAAACUUGAGCAUGCAAAUGGUGGUGACAGUGAUGACGACGAUGACGACGACGACGAAGACCACUCAAGUGAAUCGGAAAACGAGGAUGACUUGGAAGAAAAUCCAAAGAAGAAGCAAAAGAAGAAUGGUGUCUCCGCCAAGGAUGUCAUGUUCCAAAAUAUUAUCUUUGAUGAUGGUGAUAGAACGACCUCUGAUUUGCAAAGGCUCAGGAAACAGCCAAACGGUAAAAAGAAGGGACCCGCAAAGAACGACAUUAAAGCCCAUUUAAAACUACUGGAAACUAAACAGAACAAAAUUCAAAACAAAGAUGAACUAGAGCAAAUCAAACUAAAAGAAAAGGAAAAAUGGCAAAAAGCUAUGCUUCAAGCGGAAGGUAUAAGACUAAAAGACGACGAGAAACUUCUUAAGAAAGCACUUAAAAGGAAGGAGGCCAAGAAAAGAAAAUCUGCUCUAGAAUGGCAAGAAAGAAAGAGAACGGUUGCAACUAAUAUAGCAGAAAAGCAAAAGAGAAGAGAGGAAAACUUGCAGAUAAGGAAGCAAAACAAGGGUCAGAAGAAAAAUAAGCAGCAGAAAAUGAAGAGGAAAUUCACAGGUUCUAUUGUUCCUAAAAAGAGAGCUGGUUUUGAAGGUCGUCUAAAAUCUGGCAAAAAGAAAUAG